AUGGUUAUAUUCGAAAAAUCUAAACAAAAUGAAGCUCCUUCUGGUGAUGUGGCAAAUGAUCACAAGAAUACCAACACACAUAUUGAAUCAUGUGAGGAAACGAUUAUAAACUUAUCAGUAUCAAACGACUCUAAUCACGAAAACUUUCAAAUAGCUGGUUCAAAUUCUCAGACUGAUCAUCGUUCGAACUAUUUCCGCAAUGAACAAUCUCCAUCUUCUGAUUCAUCAAAACUUACUAAUAUCAAUGUCAGAUUAAGUAUUCUUACCAGUUCAAGUUCCCCGAAACCAUUUAAAUACACAUUGAAGCUUAUUCCUAUACCGCAAGCAUUGAAUUCAACUUAUAUAGAAGGAGUAUAUGAAGUUAUUGAUAAUGGUAAUAAAUCAUCCAAUCAAAUGUCAAAUGUGAAACAAAUGUCAUCAGACAAAAGCUCAAAUGAAGUGGAUGAAACCUACUUACAUCUUGCAAAAGAAACUUGUGAUCAGCUAGACAAGCUAAAACCAAAUCGAAUUUUGAACACUGAAUCCCACUCUCUGCCAUCAAAUUCUCUGAGAACUCAAACAAAGGUGGAUGAAACCUACUUACAUCUUGCAAAAGAAACUUGUGAUCAGCUAGACAAGCUAAAACCAAAUCGAAUUUUGAACACUGAAUCCCAUUCUCUGUCAUCAAAUUCUCUGAGAACUCAAACAAAGAAUAGUUCAAAUGAAUAG